CCCCCGUCACGUGACCGUGGCACGGAUGGGGAGCAAAGGACCUGCCGCCGCGGGCGACGCGAUGCGCCUCCGGGUUUUCGUGGAGCAGAGCCCCCCACCAGACGGGCGAAACCAACUCUGCGGCGCAGGACACACAGGGCAGAGGGUUUUUGGAGCAGGGAAGCCUCCAUUUUUUUUCCUCCUCCUCUUCGCUUUCCUUUCGCGUGCUGGCGGCCCGCUACGUCCGCGGGGCCUGGUCUGGCCGGAUGGCUCGCGCGGCCGUCGUCGCCGUGAUCGCCGUCGCCGUCCUCCUGGCCUGCUUGCCGCCCGCCGCCUCCUCGUCGUCUUACCGGGCAGCAGCGGCAUUGCGACGGCUCGAGACGGCGGCGCCCAUGGACAACGCGCAGGGCAUGCGGGAGAAGGCGGACGUGGCCAAGGUAGCGGCGGAGGACGUGAGCACGACGGGGUUCGGCGCGGAGUCCGAGAGGGAGGUGCCGACGGGACCGGACCCCAUCCACCACCACGGCCGGGGGCCAAGGAGGCAGUCGCCGUGAUCGUGCGCGCGCGCGCCAUGGCGGCGGCGGAGGAGGAUUGGGAGUUGUGAUCUUGAUCAGUCAUCAGGCGUGAGCGGGAUUCCACGAUGAUUGUGCUCUUUCUUUGUUGUUGGAUUGAAUCUGUGAUGACCUUUUUGGUUCCAAUUCCAUUGUUGUAGUAGGGGACACAGCACCAGAGAUUACCUUUCAUCAAAACUUUGUUUCUGCAUACCAAAUUAGGGAAAGGGAAUAGAAUUCAUAAUAAGUGUGUACACCAUGUAUGAGUUAUUCUUUCCCUUAUAAUCUUGUCAGUUUGUUUUGUUGCUAGUUCAUUC